CCUACGUGUGACCGCGUCUAGGCCCCGCCGCGUCCGCCACGCCCAGCGCUCGGCGGCGCCCGUGCCACUGGCCUGGCCCGCCCCCCGCACCGAGCGCUCUUUCGCCCGGCCUCCGGUUCUCGCCGGCUCUCGGGCCCGCCUCCGAAGACGUGAAGCGCUGCGGCGGCCGAUUUGUCAAAGAUGAAAGUGACCUUUUCAGCUUUGGAUACUUCUGAGAGUUCUUUCACACCUUUGGUGGUCAUAGAACUUGCUCAGGAUGUCAAAGAAGAAACCAAAGAAUGGCUGAAAAACAGAAUUAUAGCUAAAAAAAAAGAUGGAGGUGCCCAGUUGUUGUUUAGACCAUUGUUAAAUAAAUAUGAACAAGAAACACUAGAAAAUCAGAACUUAUAUCUUGUUGGUGCCUCCAAGAUUAGAAUGUUACUGGGGGCAGAAGCAGUGGGAUUGGUAAAAGAGUGCAAUGAUAACACCAUGAGAGCCUUCACAUACAGAACCAGACAGAACUUCAAAGGUUUUGAUGAUAACAAUGAUGAUUUCCUGACAAUGGCAGAACGUCAAUUCAUUAUCAAACAUGAACUUGAAAAUCUUAGAGCUAAAGAUGAAAAAAUGAUCCCUGGCUACCCUCAGGCAAAGUUGUAUCCAGGAAAAUCAUUGUUGAGAAGAUUGCUCACGUCUGGCAUCGUGAUUCAAGUGUUUCCCCUGCAUGACAGUGAAGCCCUGAAGAAGCUUGAGGACACCUGGUACACUCGGUUUGCUUUCAAGUAUCAGCCCAUAGACAGUAUUCGUGGAUACUUCGGGGAAACAAUUGCUCUGUACUUUGGAUUUUUGGAAUAUUUCACUUUUGCAUUAAUCCCCAUGGCUGUCAUUGGGUUACCUUACUACUUGUUUGUGUGGGAAGACUAUGACAAGUACGUGAUCUUUGCCUCGUUCAACCUGAUCUGGUCCACGGUGAUUCUGGAAGUGUGGAAGCGUGGCUGUGCCAACAUGACCUACAGGUGGGGGACAUUGCUCAUGAAGAGAAAGUUUGAGGAGCCCCGGCCGGGAUUUCAUGGUGUCUUGGGUAUCAAUUCCAUCACUGGGAAGGAGGAGCCUCUGUACCCCAGCUACAAGAGACAGUUGCGCAUUUACCUGGUCUCCCUGCCAUUCGUGUGCCUCUGCCUCUAUUUCUCACUGUAUGUCAUGAUGAUUUACUUCGACAUGGAGGUUUGGGCCUUGGGUCUACAUGAGAACAGCGAGUCUGAGUGGACCAGUGUCCUGUUGUAUGUGCCCAGCAUCAUCUAUGCCAUUGUGAUUGAGAUCAUGAAUCGUCUCUAUCGAUAUGCUGCCGAGUUUUUAACUUCAUGGGAGAAUCACAGAUUGGAAUCUGCCUAUCAGAACCAUCUAAUUCUGAAAGUUUUAGUGUUCAACUUUCUCAAUUGCUUUGCCUCACUCUUCUACAUUGCCUUUGUCCUGAAAGAUAUGAAGCUUUUGCGCCAGAGCUUGGCCACUCUCCUGAUUACUUCCCAGAUCCUCAACCAAAUUAUGGAAUCUUUUCUUCCUUAUUGGCUCCAAAGGAAGCAUGGUGUGCGGGUGAAGAGGAAGGUGCAGGCUUUAAAGGCAGACAUUGAUGCUGCAUUAUAUGAACAAGUCAUCCUGGAAAAAGAAAUGGGAACUUAUUUGGGCACCUUUGAUGAUUACUUGGAGUUAUUCCUGCAGUUUGGUUAUGUGAGCCUUUUCUCCUGUGUUUACCCAUUAGCAGCUGCCUUUGCUGUGUUAAAUAACUUCACUGAAGUCAAUUCAGAUGCCUUAAAAAUGUGCAGGGUCUUCAAACGUCCAUUCUCAGAACCUUCAGCCAAUAUUGGUGUGUGGCAGUUGGCUUUUGAAACGAUGAGUGUUAUAUCUGUGGUCACUAACUGUGCGCUGAUUGGAAUGUCACCACAAGUGAAUUCAGUCUUUCCAGAAUCAAAAGCAGACCUCAUUUUGAUUGUAGUAGCAGUGGAGCACGCACUCCUGGCUUUAAAGUUUAUACUUGCAUUUGCCAUACCUGAUAAACCACGGCAUAUCCAGAUGAAACUAGCCAGAUUGGAAUUUGAGUCUUUGGAGGCUCUCAAGCAGCAGCAAAUGAAGCUCGUGACCGAGAACCUGAAGGAGGAACCAAAGGAAAGCGGGAAGGAGAAGGCAACCUGAGUGCCCAGCUGCCCUGUUGGCAGAGGCCUGUGUCUGUGCCACACCUGCCACAGUGGCGGGGGGCGGGGGGAGGUACCCGGGGCAGCAUCGUGGCUCCUGAACCCAGACCCAAUGCUUAGCCAAAUGAAGUGGCUCCCAUGUGGCAAGCACCCUUCUUAGUUUCGCAGUGGCUUGGCUCAGGAUCCUUGGCAGUUCCUGGCAGUUCCCCCAGCCCCGCCCUGUCUGCUCCUUCCCAGUUCCUUCCCGGGCCCCACACACUGCUCCAGCUGCCAACUUUGCUGCAGAGCCACUGCCGCCCUUGAGCCUCUCACCAUGAGUGAGCCACCAGCUCUCCACAUUCCCCUCACAGCAGUGUCACUCCCGACCCCAUCAUGGCCCAGGGACCCGUGGACAGGUUGGAGAUGGGGUGUGUGCCCACUGUGCUCAUCACAGGAGCCUCAGUUGAGAGUGAGCAGGGUACAGUAAGGCAGCGCUUCCUACACUGGACCUCUUUCCUGGUUCUCUUUUGCAAUAUGUUAGCAGACCCUUUAUCAACAUAAACAAUAGUAACUGAGCUAUUAAAGGCAACCUCUCUGACUCCUUCUGCCCACAUGAGGACUGCAAUGGGCUUCCCUUUUCUGAAGCACUUGGUGAGGUCACUGAAGGUGGAGUGAUGAGAUCGGGAGCCCAGGGUGAGGGGCUUGGCUGGAGGCCAGGCACCAAAGCUUGUAGCUGAAGGCUGGGCCAUUUUUGAGAACUUCUGCUGCUGGUGGUGCCCACCUACAGGGACACUAGGGCUGCUUUCACAUGCAGGGUGUACCCAUGGUGCCAAGCCAAGGGCCAGCAGCCACUCCUGGUGCCCUUCUUGCCCAGUGGUGCUGCCCACCUCCCUAGCUGUGUCCAUGGACUGCCCUUCAUUCACAGGCACAAGAAUGCCAUGUAGGCCAGUGCUGCCCACGUAGACAGCCCUUCCCACCAGCGCUGGCCGUCCUGCUGUAGCCAAGAUGCUACAGACCCGUGGGCACCUCUACUCGGACAGCAGCAGAUGCCCUGGCCCACCUGGAGAAGGUGAGAAGGUGAAGAACGGGGAGGGCCGUCGUGCUUCCUGGUUGGCAGAGGCCUGUUUCCCUCACCUCAGGAGUGGGGCAUCUUGAUCCCUCCCCCACCUCAGAGAUGGGGCAGCCUCCUCAAGCCAAUUCAAGCACCACUUGUCUUUGGAGGUCCCAACUCUCCCUGUCUGCCCCUUCAUGGGUGUUUGUGUUGGUCCUGUGAGCCCAUUCUGUUUUACAGAGUGGACACGUGUCAGUGAGCUUUGUCCCUGCCCUUACAUGGGAUGAGCCACUCCAGGGCCUUGUUCAGUGGUUGUUCAGUGUUUGACGGACAGUUUCUAGAACAGGCUCAUGUUUUGAAAUGUCAGUGAAUGGCAGCCACCAAUAUAGGCCUGAGUCUUUAUUCCAGGAUCUUUACUCCAUUUCAGCCUGGGUGCCUGUUUGCUGGGAAAGGAGAGGGUUGAAAUGGCGCUCUUGGCACCAGCUCUUAGUGUCCCCCCAUUCCCCAGAGCCCGGCUUUGGGAGUCAGUCGCAUGAAUGCAGUUGGUUGUGAACCAGUGGGUCCUGGAUUCCCGGAACGUGAAGCCACCAAAUCACUUGCCGCCUGCAGUGCCGCGGAGCCAGGUAGCCUCCUCCCAGCCCUGUGACUGUGCCCUUCCCAGAAGCCGCCCAUCUGCCCUUCCUCAGCAUCUGAUUGGGCACAACUACACCACUUAACUAAGCCUUAGCCAGUCACUGCACAGGAGAGAACGGGACCCUCCAAUGGGGCCAGACCUCAGGCACAAGGCCACGGGGGAGGGUGGAUGUGGAACCAAUUGGGUUGUGUCGAGGGAUAUUGGCAGGAUUGGGAGGUUGCGGCAGUUUGCUAGGCUCUAGCCCGCUGGAGCUGUGGCGAGUUCCUCUCUGUAUCCCCCGGCCUGUCAUGGAUGCCAUCUAGCAUGCCGCAGGUGCUCAGGACUCAGUGGCAUAGUUGGAAGAGUAGGGGUAGAGGAACAGCGUGUCUGCUGCUCCACAUUCUACAGCUCCCUUGUAUCUAAGUUGGACUGAGGAAGACAUCUAGGCCGAUGCCGUCCAACCCACACCCUGGCCUCACACAGCCAUUCCCUGCGGUCACGGUCCCCACCUGGAACCCUGGCGGGCCCCCUUCCCUGCACCUCACUUCAUCCCCCAGCCCUUCCGGCCACUGGCUCGCCCACUGUUCUCUUGUUGCUGGCCUCACCUCAGCCUCAGAUCCAACCCCACCACGCCCCCCACGAGCCUCUUGCAGCCCACCCUCCCUGGUAGUGCUGCCUUAGGGCCCCUGGUGACCCUGCCCAAGAGAACCUCCCCACUUUGACCACCCAGUUACCCCGACACUCCUGAGGACUCCAGAGGGUGAACUCCCCCCGCCGAUGGUUCCAGCCCGCCUUCCUCCAUGGUUUCCAAGAGCUAGGAGGCACCUGCUCGCGUGAGCAGACGUGGAUACCAGAGGUACCAGCCCCGCGCCUGGCCAAGAAAAGUGCUCAGAGGCAGAGCAGCCAAGAGUCAGGAGGCUGAGACUGCAGCGGACCCUGAGGGACGGACAGGGGCAGAUCCCAGAAGUCUGAGAAACCUCAUCCCUGCUGAGCAGCUGUAGAGGGCAGAAGGGCCAUGGAUUAACAACCACCCGAAGUCUGACAUCUCCUGUGUCUGGCCUGUUCAAGGACUAGCAAGGAGGUUAUUGCAGCCAGAGCUGAAUGAGCAAGUUGAGAGGAGCAGAUGUGGUAACUGGGGCAGAGGACAGACUAGGGCCUUGUGGGCCACCACACAAGGAUUAAACUUUUAAAUCUGAGAUGGGAAGCCAUGGAAGGAUUUUGAGCAGGGGAGUGACCCACUAUUUAGACUGCUGUUUCUGGCCAGGAUGGAAUUAGAGGAACUUGAUUGACCCUCUUGCCUUAAACUAGGAAACCAAACAAAAUAUAUGGAGCAAUAGUUUCCAGACAUUGAGCAACAGACAGCAUAGGGCUGUCACCCUGAGAGAAGGGAGGCAAAUGAGGUGAGCCCUUAGUUGAAUGCCCCAGCUCACUGCCCAAAGGCAGUUGCCAGAACACAGAGAGGGAGAGCCCAAAUAGUCUGGUUGAGUUGAGCAGGUAGUUUGAAGUUCAAGAUCAAUGUGCAGGGCAGAGAGGAGGGAGCUGCACAGAUAGUGAGCAAGCUCCAGAAGAAAAUCUGUGGUCUUUGGUUGAGUACUGAUCAGUACUUAUGAGAAAACUACCUGAGGCUGGAGAAAACCACUGGAAAGCAGCAGGCUGAACAAUGCUCAGAACUUACCCAAGGCUGGGAAUAGUUCAUGUUCCUACCAGCCGGAGUAGAAAAGCCCCAGUAGAGUCCCUAGAGAGGUAUUGCCUCAGUAGUGGGCCAAAUUAGCCCUAGACUGAAGACUGCUCAGGAUCUGCCCUAACAGUUUAAAAGUGAGAUAUGAAGGAUCCAAUAAUUUUAAAUACCUGCAUUCCAAAAUGAAAUCUAACACUUCUCACAUGAAUACAAAAAAUUCCAGCAUUCAACAAUGUAAAAUUCAGUGUCCAGCAUUGCAAUAAAAAUCAAUCAAGAAUUUUUAUACCCAAUGAUAAUAUCUUUCAUAAAGGAAAAAUAAUUUUUCAAAGCAAAAGCUGACAGAAUGUAAUGCCAGCAGAUCUGCAUUAUAUGAAAUGUUAAAGAAUGUUCUACAGGCAGAAGGAAAACCAAAGUCUGGAUCUACACAAAGAAAUGAAGAGUGCUGCAAAUGACAAAUAUGUAGCUAAAAUACUCCCCCCAACCCAUGUUUAAUCCCUUAAAAACUAGUUAAAACAAUAUUUAUACAUAUACAAAAAUAAAAUGUAUGACAACAGUAGUAUAAAGAACAGGAAGAGGAAAAUAGAGGCAUACAGUUGUAAGGUUUUUAUACUCUACAUGAAGUGAUAUAUUAAGAUAGACUGUGAUAUAAUAAAAGACAUGUAUUGCAAAUCUUAUAGCACCCACUGAAAAACAAGAGUUACAGCCAAUAAGCCAAUAGCAGAGAUAAAAUGGAGUAACAAAAGGUGCUCAGUUAAACCAAAACAAGGUAGUAAAAGAGGAAAAAAGAACAGAUGAGACAAAUAGAAAACUAGGUAGGUUUAAACUCAACCAUAUUGACCAUUACACUAAAUGUAAUACAUCUAAACCCUCAAUCAAAGACAGACAUUUGCUGAAGGGAUAAAAAAGCAAGCUCGAACUAUAUGAUAUCUACAAAAAACAAACCUUAAACAUAAAGACACAAUAGGUUAACAGUAAAGAAUGGAAAAAGAUCUAUUCUCACAAGUCAAAAGAAAGCUGGAGUGACUAUAUCACUAUCACACAAAGUAGAUUUCAGAACAAAUAAUUUACCAGGCAUAAAGAGGGAACAUUUCAUGAGGAAAGGGAUAAAAAUUCAUUGAUAUGACAUAACAAUCUUAAAUGCAUAUGUACCAAACAACAGAGCUUCAAAUUUUCUAAAAUAACACUGCUAGAACUAUAAUAGACAAAUCCACAACUAUGAUUUCAACACUCCUCAAUAACUGAGACAGAAAAUCAGUAAGAAUACAGAAAACUUGAACAUUAUCAACCAACUUGAACGAACUGACAUGUAUAGGACACUCCACUAAUAGCACUUUCCAAGCACUCAGGAAACAUUCACCAAGAUAGGUCGUAUGCUGGGCCAUAAAACAAGUUUCAGUAAUUUCAAAAGAUUUAAACUAUAGAAAGCACACACUGAUAAAAAUGGAAUUAAACUAAAAAUUAUAGAAACCUAUGUGGGAAAACCCCAAAUAUUUGGAAACUAAACACCUUUCAAAACAUGGUAUGAUUUAGCCUUUAAAAUGAUCUCUCAUACUGCUAAGUGGAAAAUAAAUGAGAAGGACAAGGGCAAAUGCAGGGAAACCCUUUAAGAGGCAUUUACAGUUGAGUGUCAUGGACUAGAGUGGUAGUGGUGGUGGCAAUGAGAAGCAGUCAACUUUGAAAGGCAAGUUUAAGAUUUGCUCAUAAACUGAAUGUUGGGAUGAAAAAGUGGAUGACACCAAGAUUUUCAGCUUGAAUGAAACUACUGAAGGCUAGGAGUUGAUAUUUAUGAAGAUGGGUGCAUUAGGUAAAAGGAUUUGAGGGGAAAGAUUAGGAGUUUUGAACUUGUAAAAAUUGAGAUGCCGUAGACACACAGACACAUCCAAGUAGAAAAGUCAAAUAGAUAGUUGAAAUCCAGUGUUCCCAGGGUAUAUGAGCUAAAUAUGUUUUGGGCUUCUAUCAGCAUAUAGAUACUGACUAAAUAUCAGGAGUCACUGCAGAUAGAGCAGGGGUCCAGAAUUGAACCUUGGGACAUUCCAAAUUUAGAGGUUGGAAGAAUGAGGAAGGACCAGUGGACUUGAAGAGCAGCAAGGCAGAAGUGAGAUACUGAAAGAUGGGAAGUUCAUAAGGAAGAGUGAGCAAUUCAUCAGAUUCUAACAUGGGGUUGAAAAUUGAUCGCAGGAAGUGGUUUCAUGAGGCUGGAGUAAAGGGAGUUGCGGACAAGGUAAAGUAUGCCAAAGGGCACAAGACUUCUUUGCGGGGGUGGGGGUUGUAAAAGUCGAUUAUGGUAAUGGUUGUGAGAACUGAGUAAGAGUAGCUGACCUUGGAAUCACAGUAAUAGGAGGAAGGGCAGAGCAUGUGAAUGUAUAUGAAGGGAGGGAGGAAGGCAAAGGUGGGAACUCGUGGCAGUUCUCAUUGCUUCCCGCUAUUCAAUUAGGCAGCAUGGUGACCAGCAGAGUGAGGAAAGGAGAUGAAAUAGAGAAAUAAAGAAUACUUAAUGGGUACCCUGGCCCCACCUCUUAUUUGUGGCCAUGAGUUUAAACAUAAUAAUGACUGUACUUUCUCAGCCACAUCUGGUGGUGCAGGCACAGGGCGUGGAGGAGGCUGGGUCUAACUGAGGUGGGAUCACACAAAGCUGCACUCAUGAGAAGCAAUACAACACAGGACACGGUUUAUAUUGCUGAACACCAAUAUGUCACUUUAUUAUUUGGAUUUUCCCAUUUGUCACAUACCUGUCAAUGUUUACACAAUGAGGGAAAUCGACCAGCAUUGGAAGCAACUGACCAAAUCAGUUGAUAAUUCUGUACCCUCUUAACACACAUCAAUUUUCACUUGGUAGGGAUUAUCUUUAAUUCGGUCUCACAGCUAUUCUUAAAAUUGGUGUCAAGAUUGUCACAUCUUUAAAUACAGAUAGAAUUGCCAGAAGUACAUAAUUAUAUAUAUA